CGACACUUCGCUCUACCACCAGACGGAAAUCAUUUAGGUAAUUAACUUUGGUCAGCAGAAAUACAAUAACAACAACCAUGGAAAUGGAUAAAGAGGAAGGAGAAAUGAGUGAUGAUCCGAUGUUAGGGGAUGAAGAUAAUGAUUGUAUUCCAGAAGAAGACGUAAAGCCAACAUUGCUUUAUAAGGCAGAAAAGGAAGGAUUAAUCAUCACACAACUAGAAAAAAUUGACGCAAAGAAGUUAGAAGAGAGAGCAAAAAGAUUUGGGUUGAAUCUCUCUGGAAACAGAGUAGUAACACAAAAACAAAUUGAUGAGCUGUACCGUAAUUUUGGAAUAGAAAGUGGGAAUGAACGACAUUUUCGCUUUGAUGCACUACAUUUAAAUGGAGUUGCUGGACUUAAGGAAAAAGAUAUAUUUGAGUACCUUGCGGAUUAUAAACCAGUCAGCCUUGAAUGGAUUGAUGACAAUUCUUGUAACAUAGUUUGUCAAGAUCAUAUAUCAGCUGCAUUGGCAUUGUUAGUACAUUCACGGGAAAUAAAAAAUGAAGAUUUAAAAGAUAUGCUCAAGAAAUCGUCACAUCACUGGAGGGAAGGUGUUCCACACCCUAAAAAAGACCUGAUAUUGAUGCGUUUUGCUACUAAUGGAGAUAAGAAAUUGCCAAAAAAGGUACCAGAAAGGAAAGCACCAGAAGGGUAUUAUGAUGAAAUUUUGGAUCCACCAACUAAAAAUCCCUGGGGAGAUUUAUGUAAAUCUUGGGGUGUAUAUGACAAUCAGGAAAUUAUUCAGCGCAGAUUAUCCAAAAAUGAUUAUGAAGAUGAAAUAGAGGAACCAGUGCCGAAAGUACAAAUCAGAAAUAAGAGACUAGCCAUGCGCCUCGGCAAAAGACAUCAUAACAAUGUUGAAGAUCAGGAUGAAGAUAGUGAUUCAGAUACUGAAUGGAAAAAGAAGUCAAAAGCGCCUAGAAUGAGAAUGCAUGCUGAUGACGAAGAAUCUAAGCAGAAUAAGAAAAGACAAGCUAUGGAACUGACUAAAGCUAUUGCCGAUAAAGAUGUUUAUGCUCCCCUGUCUAUAGAAGUCGUAAAUUCUAAAAGUAAUUAUACACCAAGAGAAUCAGUACUGUUGUCAGAUAAAUUCAAGUACCACAAUAAAACAACUACAAAUAAAGCUAGGAACAAUGUUCAGUCAAGAUUAGGUGUAAAAAUUUUGCGUGAAGAUGUACCAUCAUCAAGUGACGAGUACUCAUACUCUUCUGAUGAAUCUGAUCACAACACAAUGAGUAGAGUUCAAAAAAUAUCUACUGCAAAGAGUUCCAGUGUAUGGUCAAGACUAGAUUCAAAGCCUACCACUACAAGUGAUCGCAAUGAUUUGAGGCAGAUGCUAAAGUCAAAAAAGCAAUCUUCUACUAAGACAGAUGAUUUAAGAGAUAGAAUUAGUAAAUACAAAAGAGCACCUUUAAGGAUUGAAAUAGACAAUAAAUAGGGAAUUAUCAUUUACGUAAAUUGUUGGAAUGAUUGGCGAGAUCAUGAUGGCCACGCGAAUACUGGUUCGGAUAACUGGAGAGGAUGAGGGAGUAGAGUUGGGCCCUUCUCGAGAGCAUUCUCCGGUUCUACAUAUGGGAAAUAUUCUCGAGCAAGAAUGUUUCCCAUACAAAACGGAGAAUGCUCUCAAGAACGUCACAACUCUAUGACUAUGAGGGAGGGAUGCCCUUGCAUUCUAGCAUUCUUUUCCUGACACCUGACAUUCAAACUGGAUGUUCCUGUUGGCGUCUUUCAAGCCUCAAAGGACCAUUCCUUCGAGGCUUGAAUGGCGCUACGCAGGAAUGCAGUCUUUCUGGAAGUGGUUAUCUUGAAAGUAGUUCUGAUGUUGUAUUCCUUCAGGCAGCUACUUUAAAGAGAAUCACCCACAGAAAGAGAUGCAAAAUUAUUAUUACGUCCAUCAAGGUCAUAUUUUGCGCGUCACAAGUCCCUGCACGUUGCGUUGAAUGUGCCUAAAGGGGCCCACUAAUUAACAGUCCGCCGGACGGUAUCGGUCUGUUAGUUAGAACAAAAUUUUGACAGUUCCCAACAACUGACAGGCCGAUACCGUCGGGCGGACUGUUAAUCAGUGGGCCCCUUAAAGAUCCUUGGCCGGGUGUAUAACAAAACAAAAUAAACUGUAAUGGCCUGAUAAUGCCCCACAUAAAUCAUUUGUCCUUCUCGCGCUUGGAUAGUUGCUGGUAGAGUAGAGGAUGGAUGCUGAAAUGUUGGACAUCAUAACCACAAUCAUGCCAGUUACUCACUUUGCUUACUGUUAUCUUAUCAUUAUAACCUUGUGAAGAAAGGUGUUCUAUGGAGUUAAAGAUCAUCCUCUUUGGAGAGCUGAACCAGCAUAGUUUUAGUUAAUCGGAAUAAUUCUACUGCAGGUGUAUUUUAAUUAUGAAAUUACAAUUAGUUUAAUCUUUAGGUUACUUGUUUACCUCGUGUUUUGUGUCAGUCUUAUUCUAUUGAAUAUCUGACUUUUUAAUUCUUAAUUGAUUACAUCAUAAAUCAAAUGUAGGUGUAUUAUUGUCAUAAUAAAUCUUUUUUUACUGAAGUAAAUUCUUAUGAAUUUUAUGAUCAAUGUUUUGCAAGUGCAAGCUAGAGCCAAAAUAAAAGAGAUAAUGUAGUAAAUAAAUCUUUAUUUUGCAUAUUUGAAGGAUAAGUGCACUGAUACAAACAGAAUGUUAAUAAUUAAGGAUAAUAAAAACGUGACCAUCUCA